AUGGCGAUGAUCUGAUUUAGCGAGCGGAGGACACAUAAACUUUCUCGUCGAAGGCGUGAAAAAUGCCCGAAAAUUCAUCUUCUUGGGUGUUAGUAUUAUAGAAGGAUGUCCUGAUCUGUUUCUUUGACCAGGAUGGAGACAAGCCCAGAAAAUGAUGUAAAAAUGGAAGAAGCACCCUCAGAUAAAGAAUCUGGGACAGGACUUCAGGGAUUUGAGGACAAGGAAAAAUCUGAACAACAUCACCACCAUGAUGACAAGCAAUUGGAUGCAUCCCACCAAAUUCCUGCACUCUCAAAGUCGAGGGUGUUCCUUUUGAACAUCUCUUGGUUUGGCAUGAACGUUAUGUAUCUUAUUCUGUCAGUUGAGGUUGUGCCGUCUCAAGUUUAUGCACUAGUUGGCUCUGGGCAGAAGGGUCAAGUGCUUGGAGGCAUGGUUGCUGCUGGAGCAGUGGUUACAUUUUUCUUGAGCCCUCUGGUUGGAAUGAAAAGUGAUCGUCUUGUGUCACAGUAUGGAAAACGACGCCCUCUGAUGCUUGGUGGAACUGUGUUACUUUGUAUAUCACUUUUUGGAAUGGCAUUUAGUGCUCCUGAUAUUGAAAGUGACAUUUCAAAUGUUACGUGCUCUAUGGAUUUAAAGCUGCGGCGAUGUCUGCCGUACUAUAACCUGACCAUCUUAGAGCAGUCAGAGGACAAUUCUACUGCUAAUUCGGACACAAGCUUCUUGCUGAGUAUGCUAAUGCAGAAAGAAGACUCGAGAGGAAAUAUAGGUCUUUACAUUGCAUUCUAUCUGUGUGUAAUGGCAUGCUAUUCCAUAAUGAGUGUACCAUAUAAUGGACUGAUUGCUGAUUUGACCCCACCAUUCCAAAGAGGCUUCAGUUCUGGUGUUAUGGGAGCCAUGACACUAGUUGGAAAUGUAACAGGAGCUCUCAUAGGCUUUUUCUUUCCGAAAAUUGGAGUGGUUGGCACGUAUUCCUUGGUGUCCAUCCUGUACUUUUUGUGUGUAGUGCUCACUGUGUUCUCCUGUCCAGAGCCCCCUAAUAAAGUGACCCACAAGCCCAUAGGUCUGAAGGCUGUAUUUCAUGCCUACUGGGAACCAUUAAAAGAGCGAGAUUUCAGAUGGGUUUUCCUCACCAGAUUCCUUAUGCAGCAAGGUGUUGCCACAGUCACUGGUUUUCUUGAGUUUUGGCUGGGAGACAUGGUGACUUUACCAAACUGCUGGUCUCCUGAGAGGAGUGUAGCAAUGCUGCUUCUUCCAAUGCUGUUUUCUGCUGCACUGUUUUCUGUUAUAGGAGGUUUCCUAUCAGACAGGCUUGGUAGAAGAAAACCUCUUGUUAUUGGAUCAGCAAUAUUAAUGAGUGUGUGUGCUGUGAUACUGGCUGGAUUGCAGGGGAAAUAUGCUUUUUACGCUUCAAUGCCAGUAGCGUUAACAUUUGGGGUUGGCUUUGGAGCUUAUUGUGCAGUGGAUUUUGCACUUGUGAUGGAUGUUCUUCCUAAUGACAGAGAAAAAGCCAAGGAUCUGGCUGUUUGGCAUCAGGCCCUUGUCCUGCCGCAAGCCAUUGCCACACCCACAGGUGGUAUCAUUUUGGACAUGUUUGAGAAGCUGAGAUGUGAUAUAGGACUUGGUUACAUUAUCCUCUUCCUUGUAACAUCUGUGUACUUUGUUCUUAGUGGCAUUUUUGUUUAUAACAUCAAGAAAGCAAAAUAGAUUAAAACCUCUUCUUGUGAAGCAUCAUUUAUACUUUUCUUAUGAGAUGCCUGAGGGGUUUCUUUUUUGGCUACAUUCUUUAUUUCACCUUUCAGUUACUUGUAAAUUGCAUAUUCUAAGAUAGCAUGACGUUAAGGUUGCAUGAUGUGUUGCUUUCAUUGUUGCCAAGGCACAGUGUCUUUGGAGGAAUCCUGUAGGUCAAGAUCCCAACUUGUGCUUGGUGGUUUUAAUCUAUGCUGUUCACAUGUAGGUGUCUGUUAGUAUAACAAUCCACUGUUGCUUGUAAAAAUUAAAUCUAAUUUUCACUGCAUGUUGUUGAAAGGAAUAACAUUAAUCCAAAGGGAUUGAGAUGAAGUAUUAUUUCAAGUAUGAUGUACUUGUCUUCCUUUUGUACAUGUAUCUCUGAUGAAAAGGAAACAUCAUUUAUUUCUAAAGAGAUUAACAAUCAGGGUCACAGUCAGAGGUGUCAAAGUUCAAAUUCAGAAUAUUUUUAUGGGAAUUAAAAUUAUAUAGAUCUUAACAAUUUUGAUGUCAGUCUUUUACACAAGGGGUUUGCCAAAAUUGGAGAAUGGAUAUUUUUACAGGCUGUAUUUUGACAUGCAAAUUGAUGAUAUGUAAAUGUAUAACAGGAAAUGUGUUUUUGGUGAAAAUUUAAAGGAGCAUUAGAAAUAACAUGCUUGUGACUAAAACAGGAGAUCUUUUAUCAGUGUUUACUAGAAUUGAAAACAAAGAAAGUCUGGUAUUAUGGAAAACAUUUUAACCAUUACCAAAUUAUUAAAAUUCUUAAUGAAGGUGAACAACUUGUACAUAUUUUCUAAUUUUAGUAUCUCAGUAACUGGCCACCUACCCUUCCCCUAGCCCAAAAACAGUCAACUGAUAACAAGUUAAGGUAAAUGUUGGGUUAGGGGAGGGGUAGGUGUACAGUUAGUCAGACACUGACAUUGAUUCUAGUUUUAGCAAGGAAUUGUAAGUUUAGUUUUCAGUGAAAGAAAGGGAACUUUUUAGCACAACAACAGUGAUAAGAAUACAGUGUACUCUAGAAUUUGCUAUUUUACUAAUACAAAGAAGUCAAAAAGCUCUUGCAACAAAUACUUGCAUGACAUGUACAGUAGCUAUUUUUUACUGGUAUUUAAUGUACUGAAUUUCACUACUGAACAAAAUGGCAAAAACAACUAUUGCCAACUGGGCCAUAAAUAUAAAAACGUUAAAUAAGAUAAGCAUUGAUAAAAAUGUAGUUUCCCUACCGCCUACCACAUUCUCUCAUUCUGGAUGUCAAAUUACAUUGUCACAUAUUAAAAAUUUGUCUUAAGGUGAUUCCUCAGAUGAAAAAGCUAUAGAAUAUUUUUUAAAACUUUCUUAAAUGUUCCCUACCGAUAUCUUUUUACCCCAUUUAUACCUGUACUGGCAUUAAUUGUGUGCCUCCUUGCAUUGGCUCACAAUACUUUUUGAAGCUAGAAGCAAGGUAUUUGAAAAUAACACUUGGAAAAAACUUGAUAGGUAGAAAGUUUUGAGGGUAUGGAACAAUUUGAUAUAUAAUUUGUGAAACAAUGACACAAUUUUAAAUGAGAUAGACCCAAAACAAUCCUCAAGUCAUUGCUUUCAAGGUUAUAAUUUGCAUCGUUGAGUAACAGGCCUUGAGAAAGCCUUUACCUAUCUCUUUUUUUCCCUUUGAUUCAUUUUUUAUUUAAUUUCUCCAAGUUAAAGUAUAUAAUUUGUACUCCAAAAUUAUGCAAUAAAAAGUAUAGGUCUCCUUGCUUGUUCAAGGGCUAAUUAGACCACUCUACAUGUACCUCUUUACCUGGUCCACUGAUUGAAAAACGAUGCUAUUUCCUUGGAAUGAAGUGCACUUAUUGGCCUGAUUUCAUGAUUUUUAUGUGCAGUACAGAAUGCUCUAUGUAAUACUGAGGAAUCACCUUAAUGACUAACUGCUGAAUCAACUAGUUCCAGCAAGCAAUAUGUCAUCCUGUAUGGCAGAUUUGUUAUCAAGCAUGUUAUCAUAUUCUGCAAAAGCCUACUAUCAUUAAACUUUCAUACAUAGCUUUUAAUAGUCACAUGACUGGUUUCACUGACAACCAUCAAGGUACAGUUGAAUGCAUACCAAUGGUUGUGAAAUAAAUGGCAUGUACAUAGUGGAAGAUAUUUCAAGAAGUGUGAUGAUUGAAAAUAAAAGAAAAAUAGU